AUGGCCUCAACUCUUCCCGGCAUGAUGAGUGCCGUCAUUAUUGAAGGUCGGGGUAAAGCGGCAAUAACCACUUCUCCGAUUCCCAAGCUGCGCGAUGGAUACAUCCUCGUUAAAACUACUGCCGUCGCCAUCAAUCCAUCUGACUGGAAGCACAUUGACUUCAUGUGGGUGGGCAACCCCACUGGUACGCGACCAGGCCUGGAAUACUCAGGUGUUGUUGUCGAGGUCAGCAGUGGAGUGGAAAAGGACUUCGAAGUUGGCGACAGAGUGUUCGGGAUCGUCAAUGGCUCGAAUGUAAGGCAGAAAGAAGACGGUGCAUUUGCACAGUAUCUCAUUGCGAAAGCAAGCCUGCAGAUGAAGAUACCAGACCACGUCGAAGACACAGAGGCUGCGGCAAUUACAUCAGGCCUGGUAGCGGUGAGUCAAGGUCUUUACCAGUCUUUAGCACUGCCGCUACCCACCAAACCGUCUCCAGAGCCGCUUCCCCUCCUAAUUUACGGCGGAAGCACUGCGUCGGGCAUUAUGGGCAUUCAAUUCGCGAAGAUGUCCAACUGCACAGUCAUUGUGACUUGUUCGCCCAAGAACUUCGACUACAUGAAGGCCUUGGGGGCUGACUUCUGCGUUGACUACAAAGCAGAGGACUGCGUAGAGCAAGUCAAGACCUUCACUAAGGGGAGGUUGAGGCAUGCUUGGGACUGCAUUGCGACAGCCCAAUCUGCGCGGAUUUGCGCCGCAGCAAUGUCGGUGCGAGGAGGGCACUACAGCAGCCUGCUGUAUUUGGUUCCCUCUAUUGUCAAGAAGAUGAAUCCUAAGAUCGAGUGCUCUACGACGUUGGGUUACACGAUUUUAGGAGAGACGAUUGAGAAAGAGACGGUCAUUGAGCCGAGACUCGACGAUUAUGAGUUUGGGAAGAUGUUCUGGGGUAUAAGUGAGAGGUUGCUGCAGGAGGACAGGUUUCGGCCCGCGAGGCAGAUCAUUAAUCAAGGUGGCGAAGGGCUGGAAGGAAUUCUUCAUGGCAUUCAGUACCUCAAGCAGGGUAACGUUAGUGCUGGAAAGUUGGUGUACACGAUUAGUUGA